UGAAGGAAGUGACAGUAGGCUGCGGGGCUUUGCUGGGGACGGGCGGGCGCGCGAGGCAGGGCACAGCAUGGCGCCCGUUGAUGGCAGUCAAUUCUGAACAGCCGGAGGCGGGAACGCCGACCGCGGAGGUACUUCCCUCGCCCCCCUAGCACCAUGGCGUCCUCUGGGCCUGGCGGCAAGGUGGACGAGAAGAGCUACAUCCUGGAGGGACAAAGAGGCAGUAUCGCGUCGGAUGAGUCUCCGAAUUCCUUGCUGGAGGCAGACACCAAGCAGCUCGUCCCGUCCGCCUCAGAUGAUGAAUUGGCACGGAGUGGUCUCUUGUCUGCCAGCUUCAACUACAUCAACUCCAUCAUUGGCAGUGGCGUCAUUGGCAUACCCUAUGCACUGCAUCAGGCUGGGUUUGGUCUGGGUCUACUCUUACUGGUGCUUGUGGCCAUCGUGACAGACUAUUCCCUGGUGCUGAUGGUCCGCAGUGGGCACAUUAGUGGAGCUUAUUCAUAUCAGGGCCUCACUGAAGCAGCUUUUGGAAGGGCAGGUUUCAUUCUCCUAUCAUUCCUGCAGUUUGUCUAUCCAUUUAUAGCUAUGGUAAGCUACAAUGUGGUUGUUGGGGACACAGUAACAAAAGUUUUCAUGCGGAUCUUCCAUCUGGAAAGCACGUCGAUCAUGGCUCAGCGUUGGCUAGUCAUUGGCUUGGCCACAAUUUUUGUCACGAUUCCCUUAUGCUUGUAUCGUGACAUUGUUCGACUGGCCAAGAUUUCAUUUCUAUCGCUCUUUUUUGUUUGUCUCAUUUUGGUCACAAUAUUCUAUCGAUUAGUAACGUUGAAAAAUGUUGUACCUUCUACUCCUGAUGCAUUCCAGUUUGCUAAUUGGGACAUAAUCCCUGCAAUAGGGAUAAUGUCGUUUGCUUUCAUGUGCCAUCACAACACAUUUUUGAUUUAUGGUUCUAUUGAAAAUGCUUCCCAGAAGAAGUGGGACAGAGUAACUCAUGCCUCCAUUUUUGCAUCAUUCAUUGUUUCUGCGAUGUUUGGGAUUGCUGGGUAUGCUACAUUCACCGGCUUCUCUCAAGGGGAUUUGCUUGAAAAUUACUGCUGGGAUGAUGAUGUGAUGAAUGUCUCUCGACUUAUGUUCAGUGGUACAAUUCUGUUGACAUACCCUAUAGAGUGCUUGGUUACUCGGGAGGUGGUCAUUAACACAUUUUUCCCAAGAGACAAAGACUUGGGUGAUGAUCGAGCUGCUUGGUAUCGACAUGUGGCCAUUACAUUGGCUAUUGUCACAAUCACCUACUUCUUAUCAAUGUCAACAGAUUGUCUAGGAGUUGUACUCGAGUUGAAUGGAGUUCUAGCUGCAGUGCCACUAGCAUUUGUUCUCCCUGCUAUAUGCUAUUUAAAAUUAGAGCAGGGAUCAAUUUUCUCUCGACAAAAGCUGCCUGCUGUUGGCCUAGCUCUCUUCGGGAUUGUUGUUGCUGGAGUUGGGUUGGCUCUCUUGAUCAUGAACUUUACUGAUCUAGAUACCUGCCGACAUGGGAAAGGUCUUGAUUAUUGUUUCAAUUCCACAGUCCCUACAUAGACAGCAGUACAAAAUAUGGCCUCAAUAUGAAUUUGUGUUUAUUCUUUAAUUCUAUUACUACUUUAUUAGUCAUUACUCAUCAAAUUUUCAAAAGUAAUUUAAAAAUUUGAGGAUUCUUGAUUCUUGUUACCUUGAAUUGCAAUCAUAUCUUUUCUGUUUUUCUUUGAAUGACGAGCUAUUGUUGGGUGAGCAGAACUAGUCGUUUCAACUUAAACUACUGUGUACCUUGGAGGUGGUAGUGUACCAUAUUUAUUCUUAUUGUUAAAUGAAUAAAAAGUGCAGUGUUGUGCCUUCUGCAAGAGCAAGUCUUUCUUGGCAGUGGGCUACAGGAGGGAGUUAUAAAUGCCUACAGAAAAUUCAGAAGAUUUGUGAAACAUUUACAUUGAUGCUUUGUAAUUGUAUUAUUUAUUAUGUGAGCUACUAAUAGAUAUGUUUUAUGUUAUUUGUGAUAUUUUUUAUUUAUGAAAACAAUGGUAUACUGUGUAUGCUUUUGAGAAAGCUUUUUAAGCAGUUUCAUUUUUGGUGCUUAUUUGAUUUGUUCCAGUUCUUGAAAACUUUUGUGUGAUCUAAGGGACUGCCUGAAAUAUUGCAUUUCAGAAAGACAACCCUGUCCUAGCAAGAUAAAGUUAAUGAAAUAAAGUUGUUGGAUUUUCUCUGGCUGAGUGCCAUUGAUGAGCCAUCUUUUGGACAAAGUUAGAAGCUUUACUUAUGUGCCAUAAUAUCUUCAAAGUUCUAGGCUUUUAUUUUGGAUUUUAUUCUCCUCUUCUUUGACUGCAUUUUCUCAUCUUUUUCUAGAGACAAACUGUCAACUUUUGAAGUCAUCUCAGUGUAAAAAAUUGUGAGGGAUGCCAAACUUAAUCGGUGAUUUUAAUUUCCAAUCCGUCGACAAGAUAUUCCCUCAUAAUUGACGCACAUAGGCAAGGAUUAAGUCCUCUUUAUCAGUGCUUACCAAAAAGAUUUGAGUAAAACUGUGAUAUGUUGCCUAGUGUAUGCAAUAUUAAUUUUACCAUGUGCAGUGACUGCAAUCAUCUGUGCCGAAUUCCCUUUUUCAGGUGUGCUUAUUUUGAAUUUUUUUCAUGUAACAAAUUUAUGCCUUGUGGCAGCCUUCUAUCUAAAUUUCAUGUUUGCACUAUGCACACAAGUGAAAUUUUAACUCUGUAGACUUGUUUAGAAUUGAAAUAAAUUAAAAACUUCCAAAAUCACA